ACACUAGAUGGCGCUUUAAUGAAUUGAUGCUUGAACAACAUAACCAAACAUAACCUAAAGUAACACAUUAAAAAACGUGUAUUGUUUAUUGAUAAUUUCGUUUAGUUUUGGUAAUAAUUAAACUAUGAAGCGAUUAUCGGAAGAACGUACCAAGAUUUUAUUUGAAAAACUCGCCAAUUACAUUGGAAAUAAUGUAAAAUUACUUAUUGAACGACCGGAUGGACUCUACUGCUUCCGAGAGCAAAAAGAUCGAGUUUAUUAUUUAUCAGAAAAGAUCUUAAAACUAGCGGAAACGUUCCCACCUGGACAACUAAUUAGUGCGGGGACUUGUUUUGGAAAAUUCACAAAAUCAAAUAAAUUUAGAAUGCAUAUAACAGCAUUAAACUAUCUCGCACCUUACGCUCAAUGUAAAAUUUGGUUAAAACCUUCCGCCGAACAACAAUUUUUGUAUGGAAAUCAUAUAACAAAAGCAGGAUUAGGGAGAAUAAGCGAAAAUGUUAUGAAAUACAGUGGAGUUCUUGUAUAUAGCAUGUCUGAUUUACCCCUAGGAUUUGGGGUAGCUGCUAAAAGCACAGCUGAAUGUAAACAUGCCGAUCCUAUGUCUUCUAUUUGUUUCCAUCAAGCAGAUACUGGCGAAUAUAUUCGAGCUGAAGAAGAAUUGUUGUAAUUAAUUAAAAUAAUUUAUAAUUGACUAAAAUAAAAGGAGAUUUAUAUAUCA